AUGGAACCACGAACUCUGCAACUGAUGGAGCUACAAACCCCGCAACAAAUCGAGGAUGGAGGAAACAACCAAGCAGCCGGGAGUAGUGCCAACACAGAUUUCUGGCGAAGCCGUGCCAGGUGGGUUCCUACUCCAGAUCAAAUAAGGAUCCUCAAGGAUCUUUACUACGACAAGGGAGUUAAGUGCCCAACUACAGAGCACAUUCACGAGAUCUGUCUCCAGCUGAACCAGUAUGGACAUGUUGAGGGCAAGAACAUUUAUUUUUGGUUCCAGAAUGUCAGGGCUCGAGAGAAGCAGAUGAAGAGGUGCAAUCAGGCUGCUCAAGUGCCCAUGGGAACUAGUUCUCCUGGUACUGGUGGAUCCAUUGAUCUCAAUUUUGGGUCCACUGGUUCUACUGGUGCUGGUGGAUCCAUCGACAUCAAUUUUGGGCCAGCUGGUGGAUCCAUUGACAUCAAUUUUGGGUCCACUAGUUCUACUGAUGAUGGUAGAUCCAUUAAUCUCAAUUUUGGUUCCACCGAUUCUACUGGAGGACAAACAUCCCUGCAACAACGAGGAGGAGAUCACCAGGAGAUUGAAACCCUUCCAUUGUUCCCCAUGCCUGGUGAGGACAUCUUUGGCAACAUGAAGACUACUUCCGAGGGAGGUAGCGGUUAUGGCGGUGGCUCUCGCAUUUCCCUUGAGCUCAGUCUCAACUCCUCCGGAGCUGCUGAUUUGGCAUAG